AUGGAAUUUUAUAUUCCAAAACACAUUGACCUGAAAUAUGAUGAACUCGUGGUUGCGUGUUAUACGUUUGGAAAAGGUCUCCCGCUAGAUGAAAUGUUGGUUCACACUACUGAAAUUACAGGUCAUCGAAAGGCGUUCUUGAGCCUUUGUCCAGGGAAUGUGAUAACAGAUGAGGUGUUGACGAUGGUUUGCAGCUAUUUAAGUCACAAGCAAUUGCUGGAGGACAAUGCGGAAUUGAGUUUUUUGCCACCAGAUUUUUCGGCAUCUUUGUUGGCUGGACAUCUAACCCCUGAAAAAGCAUUGGACAAGUACCAAUUUUCGUUCCUACAGAGUUCACGUAAGAGUAAAAAGGUUUUUAUCCCCUUGAAGGAUGAAUGUGACUGGUAUUUGUUGGUUGUCGAUAUGAAAUCCAAAGAAACAGUGAUUUUAGAACCAUAUUUCCUAGAAGAUCGCAUAGCUAUUCAUGAAGAAGCUGUAACAGCAGUGAUGAAACUUUUGGAUAACUUAGCUCCUCUUCUGUGCUCAGUGGAUGGACAAAUCCUUAAAAUUUCAUAUUUUGACAUUAUCAAACCUUAUGGAGAACCCUAUGCAGAUGUUCCACAAGAUUCUGGAGUGUGGGUCUGCCAAUGGAUGUUGCGGGUGAGCUGUUUGACACUUAUGAUGUUCCGUACGUGGAUGAAGGACUUCGAAUGA